AUGGUCACCCAACCCCAUACCAAUGGCGUUAAAAAGCCCACUUUCCUCUUCACCUCGGAAUCCGUUGGGGAAGGGCACCCGGAUAAGAUGGCAGACCAGGUGUCAGACGCAGUCUUAGAUGCUUGCCUGGCUGUUGACCCCCUCUCGAAAGUGGCUUGCGAGACAGCCACAAAGACUGGCAUGAUUAUGGUCUUUGGCGAGAUCACUACCAAAGCAAAGCUUGAUUACCAAAAGAUCAUUCGCACCGCCAUCAAAGACAUUGGAUAUGAUAGCUCGGACAAGGGAUUCGAUUACAAGACCUGCAACGUCCUGGUAGCAAUAGAGGAGCAAUCCCCCGAUAUUGCCCAAGGUCUGCAGCUCGAUGAGGCUUUGGAAAAGCUAGGUGCCGGAGACCAAGGCAUAAUGUUCGGCUAUGCGACUGACGAGACGCCCGAGUAUCUACCUUUGACUGUUCUAUUUGCACAUGCACUGAACAAAGAGAUGACGAAGGCCCGGAAUGAUGGUACUCUGCCUUGGUUAAGGCCUGACACAAAGACUCAAGUCACAAUCGAGUACGAACGUGACGGCGGUGCUGUUAUCCCGAAGAGAGUGGAUACAGUAGUAGUCAGUGCCCAACACAGCCCAGAUAUCUCGACCGAGAUGCUCCGGAAAGAGAUCAAGGAGAAGAUCGUACAGAAGGUCAUCCCCGCCAAGUAUCUCGAUGACCAAACGGUCUACCAUAUGCAACCAUCUGGACUGUUCAUUAUUGGCGGACCGCAAGGAGACGCCGGUUUGACGGGCCGCAAGAUCAUUGUGGACACGUAUGGAGGUUGGGGUGCUCACGGAGGUGGGGCAUUCUCUGGGAAGGAUUACUCUAAGGUGGACCGAUCUGCGGCCUAUCUCGCCCGAUGGAUUGCAAAAUCGCUUGUCCAUGCCAAAUUAGCACGACGCGCGUUGGUCCAGUUGUCAUACGCAAUUGGUGUCGCCGAGCCAUUGUCCAUGUUUGUCGACACCUACGGCACUUCAGAUCGGUCUUCGGAGGAACUGGUGGACAUCAUCCGGGCGAACUUCGACAUGAGGCCAGGCGUCAUCGUGAAGGAGCUUGACCUUACCAAGCCGAUCUACUGCCAGACGGCAAAGAACGGCCAUUUCACCAACCAGGAUUUCAAUUGGGAAAAGCCCAAGACCCUGAAGUUCUAG